AUCAGGUCUAUGUAUAACGAAUGGAUGGCGCAAGAAAUAAGGGAAUUAACACCAGCUAGUCAAAUAAAACGUCCACCGUAUAAUGUUAUUGCAGAAUGGAUUCAACGUGCAUGGGAUGCUAUUGAUACCCAACUUAUCAAACGUUCUUUUAAAUGUUGUGGUAUCUCAGUUUCAAGUGACGGAUUAGAAGAAAAUUUAAUUUUUAAUUACGAUCAAGUUGAAGGCUAUGAAGUUGAAGGCUCCAAAGCUGAUGAACUUAUUUUUAUUGAUAGUGAAAUAACCCAAAUCCAACAAAAUCAACAACAUUUGCACCACCAAGGCACCCUGCUCCAACAACACCUACUCCAACAAGGCCCGCCCCAGCAACACCUACUUCAACAAGGCCCGCCCCAGCAACACUUUCUAUUCCAACAAGACACUUCACCUCAACAAUACUUUUCACCUCAACAAGGCUCUUCCCAACAAUAUCUCUCACCCCAACAAUACUUUUCACUUCAACAAGGCUCUUCCCAACAAUAUUCCCCGCCCCAACAAAGUCUCACAGCCCAACAAUGCUUUUUGUCUCAACCCUAUUUCCCGAAUCAACCAAAUUCUUUAGAUGUUCAGGAAGUGGAAUUUGAAUACUACUAUACUCAGAAUGAAGUAGAAAAUUUUAUGAACCAAUGGGUUAAAUAA